AUGACAUCAGGAAGCCAGGACCAGAACGAACGUCCUUAUUAUGCUGCUUUAUACGAGCACGACCUCACAGACAUUCCUGAGCCUAUCUCGAAGAUACUUGAGGCCUAUUCUGGAAUACCUCAUGGCGAACAAAAAGAACAUAUACUGAAGCUUCGUAACCGCGCUUACGAAGCCCAUCCGUAUCCAUGUCUAGGUCGAUUCCGCUUCCUUGAGCUAGAUCUUUCAACACAUCCGCUUUACAACGAAUAUGUACUUCCGCGACUAAAGGAAGGCAAUGGCCAGUCCGGCCCUAUAUUCCUCGAUUUAGGCACAUGCCUUGGGCAGGACCUUCGGAAAUUGAUCUAUGAUGGCGUAAAUCCGCAGCAGCUCUAUGGGGCUGAUCUCGUGCCUGCUUUUAUCGAUGCUGGCUACGAAUUGUUCAAAGACAAGGGCAAAUUUCCACCGGACCAUUUUGUCUGUCCUGCUGAUGUAUUCGAUAUGUCGUCUGGGAACAAGCUCAGCACAAUGGAUGGAAAGGCUGAUAUCGUGCAAGCAGCAGCCGUGUUCCAUCUCUUCGACAUGGAGCAGCAACUCGCUGUUGCAAGACGGUGUAUGAGGCUGCUGAAGAAGAUGCCCGAGACACGAUGCCUAGUCCUUGGAGGACAGGCUGGCAAUGUCAAUGCGAAAGAGAGGGUACGAGCAUAUGGAGCGAAACAAUAUUGGCAUAACGAGGAAAGCUGGCGCAAGCUAUGGGAGGAAAUUUGUAGUGAAGAAGAGUUCAGAGACGUGGUUAAGAGAGUAGUGGUACAGGCCGAGCUUCGGGAGAGGACAAUGGUCCUUCCUCUCUACGGUGUCUCCAAGAUGCCUCCCUACAAAAAGCGAAAGCUUAGCCACAAUAGCUCGUCAUCAGAAGAAUCCGACCACGAAGAAGUCGCCGUUCGGGAGGACGGAGACGAUGUUGGUGACCAACCAUCUACCACCGAGAAAGAGGCUGAAUCAAAAACAUUUCAAGAGCUUGGUCUGAUAGAUCAACUUUGCGAAGCAUGCGAGCAAUUAGGAUACAAGAAGCCCACACCCAUCCAGGCACAAUCAAUACCACUUGCGCUACAAGGACGAGACAUAAUAGGUCUUGCGGAGACUGGUAGUGGCAAGACAGCUGCUUUUGUGCUGCCGAUAUUGCAAGCGCUCAUGGAGAAGCAGCAGGUACUGCAUUCUCUGAUCCUCGCACCCACAAGAGAAUUAGCCUACCAAAUUGGCGAGAAUAUCUCUGCACUAGGAGCAUUUAUUGGUGUGAAAAAGGCAGUAUUGGUAGGAGGUGUCGACAUGAUGCCACAGGCAAUAGCUCUAGGAAAGAAGCCACACAUAAUAGUCGCGACACCAGGACGAUUACUAGACCAUCUCGAGAACACAAAAGGCUUCUCCCUGCGACAGCUGAAAUUCCUGGUAAUGGACGAGGCAGACAGGAUGUUGGACUUGGAUUUCGGCGCAAUACUGGAGAAAAUCCUAAAGAAUGUACCAAAAGAAGGAAGAAGAACAUUCUUGUUCUCCGCGACAAUGUCAAGCAAGAUCGAGUCCCUACAACGAGCCGGACUCUCGAACCCUGUACGAGUCUCGGUGUCCAGAGAUAAACAUCAGACGGUCGAAAAACUGAAACAGUCAUUCUACCUCAUCCCUCACAAACACAAGGAUAUUUGGCUCGUACACGUCCUGAACAAAUUCGCAGGCCAAACAGGAAUUAUAUUCACAAGGACAGUCAACGAGGCACAAAGACUUUUUAUCAUGCUCAAAGCACUGGGGUUUUCAUCCGUGCCAAUUCACGGACAGUUAUCGCAGAACGCUCGCCUAGAAGCACUUAAUAAGUUCCGAGCCAAGUCCAAGAACUUACUCGUUGCAACAGACGUCGCUGCUCGAGGUCUGGAUAUUCCUUCCAUGGAUCUCGUUAUCAACUACGAUCUCCCUGACAGCAGUAAGACAUAUGUCCAUCGUGUCGGACGAACAGCUCGUGCAGGAAAGAGCGGUGUCGCGAUUUCCAUGGUCACUCAGUAUGAUGCUGAGCUGUGGUUGAGGAUUGAGCAUGCUCUUGGAAAGAAGAUCGAGAAUCAUGACUAUGAUGCUGAAAAGGGAGAAGCUAUGGUGUUUGCGAACAGUGUCAGUGAAGCUCAGAAGACCGCAACUUUGGAGAUGAAGGAUUUGCAUGAGAAUAGAGGCAAGAAAGGGGCGACUUUGAGGAAUACCAGGGGUAAAAAGACUGUGGUUAAGAGGAGACGUGACGAGAUGGACGCAGAUGUGGGCUGA